AGUGUGUGGGCGAGUCUGAUGUACGGCCAGCGGUCUCCCGUCUGAGGCCCGUCAUCAGACAGCAACACAGGCAACAGAAGCAGCAGCAGCAGCAGCAGCAGCAGCAGCAGCAGCAGCAGCAGCAGCAGCAGCAGCAGCAGCAGUAUCAGUAACAACAGUAGCAAUAGCGUCACACACCAGCACUCGUCACCAUGACUAAAUAUUUCGACUUUGUGUGGAGGAAGGAGGUUGACGCUCGUCUCCAAGAAGGAGGUGUCAUGGACAGAUGGACUGAAGAUAAAGAGAGCUACGACUACGAGCCUAAAUGUACCUUCAAAGUUGACGAGUAUGGCUUCUUCGUGUACUGGAAGAGCGAGGGCAGGGAGGGGAACGUGGCAGAGUUGUCCCAGGUCUCAGACAUCCGCAGAGGACAGUUACCUAAGGAUGGCAAGCUAGCGGAUAAGCUGCUCAACAAAUUCGGGCAAGAUGUGGAGGAUAAAAUGCUAGCCAUCUGCUCUGGGCUGGACUAUGUUAACAUCAACUACACCAACAUUGUCUGUAAAACAAAAGAAGAGGCAGAUGAAUGGCAACUAAGUCUUCGGAAAAUUACAAAUAACAACAAACUCAACAAUGUGUGUCCACGAACCAACUUGAUGAAGCAUUGGAUGCGUCUGGGAAUGACAGUGGAUUCUGUCGGAAAAAUUCCUGUAAAGCACAUUGUCCGAACUUUUGCCUCGGGCAAAACUGAAAAGAUGGUGUUCUCGUGCCUAGAAGAAAUGGGUUUGCCUUCUGGAAAGGGUGACAGUAUAGAAAAAGAGGCCUUCACUUUUGAAAAGUUCUACAAACUGUACCAUACUAUUUGCCCUAGGACUGAUAUCGAUGAACUCUUUUCAAGCAUCACAAAGGGAGAGCACAUCACUCUGGCUCAGCUAGUUACGUUCAUGAAUGAGAAACAGCGAGAUCCGAGCCUCAAUGAAAUUUUAUAUCCGCUUUACGAUGGAAAAAACGAUUCUCAAAUUUCAGACACACACACAGCAAAUUUCCAAGAAAGUCUCCAAAACAAAAGACUCUCAGCAAGAUGGUUUAUUGGAUACCUCAUGUCUGAUGGAGAAUGCACCUGUAUUUUUGGUAUAUGUUUAGAUUACCAAGAUAUGUGAUCAGCACUCUCACAUUACUACAUAAUUUCCCACAUCACAUACCUCUCUGGAGACAGUUUUGGUGGCAGGUCUACAGCGGAGAGUACAGACAACUCUAUGGCUGGUUGCAGGUGUGUAGAACUUGAUUGCUGGGAUGGUAAAGGUGAAGAUGAAGAACCUAUCAUCACUCACGGGAAGGCCAUGUGCACAGACAUUCUCUUUAAGGAAGCUAUCAUUGCUAUUCGUGACUGUGCUUUUGUUACCUCAGAAUAUCCAGUUAUUCUAUCAUUUGAGAAUCAUUGCUGCAAGAAGCAGCAAUACAAGUUAGCAAAAUACUGUGAUGACUACUUUGGUGAUCUACUCUCAAAGGAGCCCCUGCCUGAUAGUCCACUUCUCCCUGGCAUCCCUCUUCCAUCGCCUAAUCAGCUCAAGCGCAAGAUUCUAAUUAAAAACAAGCGCCUAAAGCCUGAGGUGGAAAAACAGGAGCUAGAAUUAUUCCUGAAGGGUCAGUUAGAUCUUGUGGAUGAUGACGAUGCUAAGGAAGAUGCAUCACAGGCUAACCCACAGCCAAAGGACCCUAAGAGUAACUCGUGCACUACCAUCACCACCCCUGUGUCGCAGCCCUCGCUAGAAGAUGAUAAGCCCCUGACGGCCGAGGAGCGAGCCUUCCUCUACUACCAGUACACGGGCGCCACCACCCACGUCCACCCUGUCCUCUCUUCCUACGUCAACUACUGCCAGCCAGUCAAGUUUCAGGGGUUUGAUGUGGCAGAAGAGAAGAAUGUGCAUCAUAAUAUGUCUUCUUUUUCGGAGACUAUGGGAUUAGGCUACCUCAAAACACAGGCAAUUGAAUUUGUCAACUAUAAUAAACGACAAAUGUCCAGAAUCUAUCCCAAGGGUGCCAGAGUUGACUCUUCUAAUUAUAUGCCUCAGGUGUUCUGGAAUGCAGGUUGCCAAAUGGUGUCUUUAAAUUUUCAAACCCCAGAUCUUCCCAUGCAACUAAAUCAGGGCAAGUUUGAGUACAAUGGAAAUUGUGGGUACCUUCUCAAACCUGAUUUCAUGAGACGUACUGACAAGACUUUUGAUCCCUUUGCUGAGUCUCCAGUGGAUGGUGUAAUUGCAGCACAGGUUGCAGUGUCUGUCAUUGCUGGUCAGUUCUUAUCAGACAAAAAAGUAGGAACAUAUGUUGAAGUUGAUAUGUAUGGCCUGCCCACAGACACUAUCAGAAAAGAGUUUAGGACACGCAUGAUUCCUGGCAAUGGUCUCAAUCCUCAGUAUAAUGAAGAACCUUUUCUCUUCCGUAAGGUUGUAUUGCCUGACUUAGCUGUCCUACGAUUUGGUGUGUUUGAUGAAAAUGGUAAGAUGCUGGGACAGAGGAUCCUGCCUCUGGAUGGGUUACAAGCAGGUUAUCGUCACAUCUCUCUACGCACGGAAGGCAACUUUCCCAUGUCACUGCCUAUGUUGUUCUGUAACAUUGAACUAAAGAUCUAUGUUCCUGAUGGUCUUGGCGACUUGAUGGAUGCCCUUUCGGACCCUCGAGCCUUCUUGAGUGCCCAAGAAAAGCGAGAGGAACAGAUGAAGGCAAUGGGUAUUGAAGCUUCUGAUAUUGACACAAAAGCACUGAAAGGGGCAGGGGGUAAACCAGGUGGAGCAAAGGCUGGAGUGCCAGGAGGUAAACCUGGAGCACCAGGUGUUGGUGCUGGCGCUAAAAAGGAAGAUGAACUUAUUGAAUUUGAACCCAUCAACCUUGAGACACUCCGUUCACAGAAGAACUUCUUGAAAGCAACCAAGAAACAGCAGAAGGAACUUGAAAGCAUGAGAAAAAGACACAUGAAGGAGCGUCUAUCAAUCCAGAAAGGGCAGUGCAGUGCAAUUGAAAAACUGGCAAAAGGCAAAAAGUAAAUAUUUUCUUUCAUGUACACACAUUCACA